GUAAACGUGCUGCAUUAAAGACUAAUUCAGGAGUUGAGAUCCGCUCAGAAAUCAGCAGAACUGGAGAAACUUGCACAGGGCUUUGGGAGGCACAGCCAGGCGGCACAUCAUGCCGAGCCGCGGAUGCGGUGUUGCCGGAGAGGCCCGUUAAAAGCAGUUGAAGGAGAUAAUGUGUUCUUCUUACGGCUGUUCUAGAUAAAUAAUGGUGCCCACAUUCUGCUGCUGAGGAGAGAGCACCACGAUGAGGAGACAGUAGGCACCCACCAUAGUAUGGCCGCGUCCCGCUCUUCGCGCGUCACAAGAUCAUCAGUGGGGAUAAAUGGAUUGGAUGAGAACUUUUGUGGUCGAACCCUCAGGAACCGCAGCAUCGCCCAGCCGGAAGAGAGCUCUCCGCCUCCUGUGCCCAGAGCCCGCUCACCCAAGAAGAAGCAGGACUGUCAACAGCACCAGCAAACCGGAGCACAGGUUGGAAAGGUAGCCGAGAGCAAGUCGGAGGGUGAGCCCUUGCCCGCCUACGGAAAACGGGGCUUGCCAAGCUCCGAGAAGGACGAGUCGGACAAAUCGGACUACUGCGAGCGUCCGAGGGCCGGGGGUGGGCCGGAAGCCUCCCCCGCCCUGAAGAGGGCCAAACGCUGCCCUCGCUCAGGUGAAUCGCAGGGGGUAGAGGAGGAACAUUCUCUCAAACCGGAGAGCCCUGAUCCCGCUGCACCGAAGGAAAAUGAUGAAGGCGCCAAAUCGAACGCGUCCACGGCCCCUCAGCUCAGCCUCGACAAAGAGGCGGAGCAGACAGAGGACAACCGGGUGGAGGAGAUCAUCCUUCCGCCACAAGCUGGUGAGAACGUCAAGGCCACCAAUGGCCUCGUCGAACUCCAUAAGGAGGACUCAGAAGUUGCAGCCUUACCCGUGGAGCUUUGUGCCUCCCCUGCAACUCUCAACAACAGUCCUUCACUGUUAAAUGGCAGCCAGGCUGCGCCCUCAUCCCCUGACCCUAUUGUGCCUUGUAGAUCCCCUCAUCCCAAGCAAGCCAAUGAGUCCGACAGCCCUCAGAUUGACUGUGAGAGGAAUUGCACACCCGAGGACGCUGCCGAGGCUGUGCUGUCCCAGGAACCCGAGAUGGAGGUAGAGGUGGAUGUCGUGGGGGACGCCGGGCAGGCUCAGGACGAGCUCACGAGAGAGGAGAGCACCAAUGGUGGCUUUCAGGCCGAGCCACAGGACCCUUCUGACAACUGCUCGAAUAUCUCAGGAGAAAUGGCGAUGCUGGCUGCCUCCCAGCUGCCCACAGAGCCCCCCUCCUUCACAGAGCCUCAAGAACACCGAUAUACCCUGAGGACUUCACCGCGCCGCGCUGCCUUUGGUAGUGGGCUCAGAGCCAGCUCCCCCAAACCCAGUUCCCCGCACAUAGACAAUGGUUCGCUGAAGGAGGAGGCCAUGCCGGUUCCUCUUUUUUCGGAGGACACCAGCCAUAAAGACCCCCCCCAUGAUGCACUGGGGCUUUCUAGCGAGGCAGACAGUGAACUCUCAGAGAAAGCAGGCGUCAGUGGAGAGGUCGGAGUGUCGGAUAGUAGAGUGUCGAGAUCCACCAAAGAGCUGCUGGCCGCUCAGGCUGAGGAAGAUGAGGAGGAAGAGGAGGAUCCAGAUGUCUACUAUUUUGAGUCUGAUCACCUGGCACUCAAACACAACAAAGAUUAUCAGAGGUUGCUCCAGACCAUCAGUGUACUGGAGGCCCAGCGAACCCAAGCCAUCCUGGACCUAGAGACACUGGCACGGCAUCAGAAGGAAGCCUUGUCAGACCCUAUCGCCUUUGUGGACCAGCUGCAGAAACAGGUGGAAAUGGGUUUGCCCCGCCCCCAGAGAGUGGUCCAGCUCCCGGACAUUGCGUGGGACCAAUACACCUCAGGCCGCGGCGACUUUGAAAGGGAGUUCUGUGACAAGAAGCGUAAAACACGGCAGUUGCAGUUAAUCUUUGACAAAGUUGGGUUGCCUGCUCGACCAAAAAGUCCUGUGGAUUCCAAGAAGGAGGGAGAUUCCUCAUCCGUCUACUCCUCCUCCCUGCCGUCAAGUGACGGUCCAGAACACAGCAUGUCCAGUAGCAGAACUCAGUUGAUCAGAGGGAGGCUGUGCAACCAGAACAAACCCGACACCUUCAACCAGCUGUGGACCGUUGAGGAGCAGAAAAAGUUGGAGCAGCUGCUUUUGAAGUUCCCACCAGAGGAGGUUGAGUCUAAACGCUGGCAGAAGAUCGCAGAUGAACUUGGCAACAGAACCGCCAAACAGGUUGCUAGCAGGGUACAGAAAUAUUUCAUAAAACUGACAAAAGCUGGUAUUCCAGUACCAGGCAGAACACCCAAUGUGUGCAUGUACAGCAAAAAGGCCUCCAGUAAGCGACAGCACCACCUCAAUAAACACCUGUACAGGCCCUCAACGUUCCUCACCUCAUACGAGCCGCCCGUCUACAUGGAUGAUGAGGACGAACGUUCUCACUUCUUCAACAGCCUCCAGGAUAAUGGCGCGGAUGAUUCGGAUGAGGACGGGGUGCCAAUGGAGCUGAGACACCUGCCGGAGUACAAGGAGCUGAUGGAGCUGAAGAAACUCAAGAAACAGAAACUACAGGAGAUCCAGGCUGAGAGCGCUCUCACGCAGCACGUUGGCUAUAAGUGUGACAUGUGUGGCAUGGAGCCCAUCCAGGGUGUACGGUGGCACUGUCAGGACUGCCCGCAGGACAACGCCAUAGACUUCUGCAGUACCUGCUCCGACUGUUUGUUCAAAACCGAGACCCACAAGCCCACACACAGACUGGAGCCAGUCUGCCAGGCCGAAACCUUCCUGGACAAAGACUACUGCUUACCGCAGAGCACAGGCUACAACUACCUGGACCCCAACUACUUCCCUGCCAACAGAUGACAGGGACGUGCUCCAGCGCUAGUAUUCAGGGCUGGGCAGCAGCCCCCAGGGCAUUCUGUGCAUGGCUCCAUCAUCCAAGUCAAAGAAAUGCUUAAGUCUGGGCGAGAGGGUACCGCAGAUGUGCUGCACCUCGCCCCGACCCGCUGCUGGAGGGGGGUGGGGUGGGGGAGGGUUCGUGGGAGGGAGGGGUCAACACCCUGCCGCGGUUGUCAAACCUUACCAGGUCUCGUCAAGUAACACUAUCUCAAAUCAAAAGAAACGAGAGGAAAGAAUGAAAGAAAGAAAAGGCGCACCGACAUUCCCAAUCCCAGGACAUUUAGAAGGCAACUCGACGUCUCCCUUUGUUCCGCCGUUUGAGUGACGGGUGUCAGUGACGCACCUCUCAGAGGAGCGUACGGCUCUGGAAUCAUCGGCGGAGGGCGGACUCGCGUUAAAGUGCAAAAUGUUGUCUGUAGUUGAAAUAUUUAUAAGUGAAGCUUUGUGUGUGAGCUCUUUUCGUGAGGUGGGAAUACAAGGAAUGGAACUUGGUGCUGAGACUGUUGUCUUUGAUUCAUACCAGGUUUUUAACCAAUCAAGGAAGUUCGCUCACAACUCCGACGUUCUAAACUGGGGGGAAAAAUCCCAGCUGACAGACCCCAUACGUGUCUCUUGCCAUGGGCUACCAUUUUCACUAGAAGCUGCUCUUUGUUUCCUCUUACGACCAUUACAUGAUGUUGUCACUUUAUUUACGUUCAUUUCCUGUUUUUUAAACGCCGAUUUGAAAAACCCACUCCACUUAACCCGCUAGGUUCCCAAACCUCAAAGCACUACAGCAAGGAGAAGACCAGCUGAGAUCCGGAAGGCGUUCUCACGCUCUCUGCGCUCGCAGAGAGCUUUCUUUUCUUUUCUCUCAAUGUGUACUGUUGUUGAUCAUGUGGAGUAUUCAAAUAUAUGGUGAAAAGUAGCCAGUGGUAGUUGCCGUGUGCCAUUUUUUUUUCUUCCCUGUCCAGUUGAUUCAAACCUGGCCACUUGUUUUAGAAGAAGAAAAUAAAGAACUUGUGGCACGUUUGCCCUCUGUGAAAAACUGCCCAACCAUCAUCACGCCUUUAGAUCCCUCUAAUUUCCGCAGUUUCCUCACGGUCCAUGAAAAGAUUGUAUUUUUAUUAAUCUAUUUAAAAGACAAAGAAUAACAAGAAAUCGAGUUGGUGGCGUCGCACACGCGACACUCCCACGUUAUUUUAUACACAUACAUUUUGUUGUGCUUUGAGUAGACCAUUUUGUAUUGGGUUCUGUUCUGUUCACCUCCCCUCCCUUGACCUGCUUCAGUAUCUGUGUAUAACAGUCUGUUCUUAAAUAAUGUAAAAAAUGUUAGAGGAGAACUGUGGAAAUAAAAGUAUGUGAAAAGUCUUUCUACA